UUCUCAUGUCCAGCUCCAUGGUGAAGGACUGAAGACUUUUCUGAUGUUUUCUCUCCGUUUCAGCUGUAAAUAUCAGUGAACAUGGCGGAUAAAGCAGAAGAAUCUCCUCUGCUGUGUGCAGAGACGAGUGAAGCUGAACUUUACACGUCCGUAACGUCAGAACAUGUCCCGUCUGCUCCACCAUAUCAGGGAGAGGCUCCUCCUCCAUACUGGGCGGUGCCCGUUGUUGGCUCCGCCUCCCUGUGCUGUGGUGUGUGUGGAGCUCAGAUUGCACUGAACUCUAACAGCAGCCAGUAUAUAGUGAAGUGUGGAGUUUGUCAGGAGGCCACGCCCUUGAGGAGUCCCCCUGUAGGAAAGAGGUUUGUUCGCUGUCCAUGUCAUUGUCUCCUGAUCUGUAAAAUCUCCUCCAAGCGAGUGGCGUGUCCUCGUCCUCAGUGUAAGAGACUGAUUGAGCUGACGGAUCUGAACACUGCUGUGGUGCAGUGUUAUGGGACACGAGCCAUCUGUGGCCACUGCAGACAAACCUUUCUGGUCCCUGGAUCAGGAGAAAAGCAGCGUGUUCGAUGUCCUCACUGCCAUGACGUGAGCUUUAUUGGACAGCGCUAUGCCAUGAAGCGCUGCAUUUACUCCUCGCUGUUGGCCGUCUUCUUCGCCGUCAUCGCUGGAGGACUAAUCGCUGCCACAGUGGAGGAGGCGAGGGAUUACAACGCCGUCUACGCCCUCUGGACUUUUUUGCUUCUGUUGUGUGUGGGUUGUGUGUGUGGGGCCGUGUAUUGGGCUCGGGUUAAAAUCAGUACUCCUCUGCAGAGUCAAUCUGUGUGAACCUCCAUACUUCCAUUCUCUGUGUCCAGGACGUACCAUCGCUAUCGCUAAUCAGGUGUUAGCCUAAUUUUUUAAAAAUGAAAUGCAAUAAAAUUAAAUGAAAAAGAAUAAGAUAAAAGAGAUAAAAAUAAGUUAGAAUGCUCUUGGCUGUGCUAAACUAAUGACAAAUAAAGUGUAUUAAACAGAGUGGAUGAUAAACACUUCCGAUCUUAUAAAUCUAAAGGUUUAUAAUGUGCACUAAUGUAAAAAUAACACCUCUGCAGCUACAUGCUAAUAAUCUAGAUGCUAGAACACUGAGUUAUUGAGGUAUUUUAAUGCAAUUUAAUGUCAUUUCUCUGACAUUCUGAUGUGUAAUGUUUCGGAAUCAAAAAUAAUUAGAACCGAUUUAAUGAAUGAACUUUAGAGGUUUUCUGUCAUUCUGUGUUUUUUUAAUCAAGCUGCUAAAAUUUAUAUAAAUAAAUCUGCUGAGAAGAUUUGUAUGUUAAACAUGAAUAUAUAUCUGUGCAACAAUAAUAAAGUGAUGAUUCUUAAAUUGUAACCGUGUUUGAUGUUUAAUUGUAAUCUCUGUUAAUCUCAUUUCCCUUAUUUAGCGUCACUUCAUUGGCUGCCCAUACAUUUUAGGAUCCAUUUUAAAAUUCUCUUAUUCAUUUUUAAAUCUUUAAGUGGUCUUGCCCCACCCUACAUUUCUGAGCUGCUACACCGUUAUAGACCCACUCGUUCUCUCAGGUCAGCUGAUCAACUGCUCCUGAAUGUGCCCAAGACAAAACGGAAGCUUAGAGCGGACUGUGCCUUUGCUGUAAUAGCUCCUAAAUUGUGGAACGAUCUGCCAUUGCCCAUUAGACAGGCCUCUUCAUUGUCUUCUUUU